GACGAGCCAAUUGCCUUCACAUAUCGAAAGACCAGAACGUCCCACUCUCAUUUUUCUGUUAGCUUUAUACACAAAAACAAAAACAAAAACAAAGCUGAAAAAGAGUUUCUAAGUGUAAAUCAUCAAGAGAAAAAGAGCAGCAUGGCCUCCACCGCAUGCUUCUUGCACCACCGUGCACUCACCACCGCAACCAGAUCAUCAUCACCAUCACCAUCACCAUCACAGCGCCAAGUUGCAAACAUCAAGCCUAGCCAGCCAGUGUGCAGGGCUCAGAAGCAGGCGGUCCAAGAGGAUGAUGGAAGCCUUGUCUCCCGUAGGAUGGCCCUCACUGUGCUCAUUGGUGCUGCAGCAGUUGGCUCUAAGGUUUCUCCUGCUGAUGCAGCCUAUGGUGAAGCUGCAAAUGUAUUUGGUAAGCCAAAAACAAACACAGACUUCUUGACAAUCAAUGGGGAUGGGUUCAAGCUGUCAAUUCCAUCAAAAUGGAACCCAAGCAAAGAGGUUGAGUUCCCAGGUCAAGUCGUGAGAUACGAGGACAACUUCGACCCUAACAGUUAUGUUGCUGUCAUGGUCACUCCAACUGACAAGAAGUCCAUAACUGACUUCGGUUCCCCUGAGCAAUUCCUCGCAAAUGUGGACUAUCUGCUUGGCAAACAAGCAUACGCUGGUGUAACUGAUGCUGAGGGUGGUUUUGAAUCCAACGCCGUGGCAGUCGCGAACAUAAUGGACAGUUCAACUCCUGUCAUUGGUGGGACACAGUACUACAUCGUGUCCGUGCUGACAAGAACUGCUGAUGGAGAUGAAGGUGGCAAGCACCAAUUAAUUUCGGCUACUGUAAAGAAUGGCAAGCUAUACAUUUGCAAGGCACAAGCUGGAGACAAGAGGUGGUUUAAGGGAGCUAGAAAGUUUGUGGAGAGCACUCUAGGUUCCUUCAGCGUUGCUUAAAACUACUUAAGCAGAGAUUUUAUGUAAAUCUUCUUAGAAGCUAUGAUGUUUGGCUUUGAGUUUGUUCUAUCAUCCACUCCCUCCAAGGCUUCUCUUUUCUAUUUUUGUCUUUCUGAGGAAACUUGUGGAUAUCUGAAUAAUUCUCGUCACAUAAAUUAAGGAUGAACUCUUCUGCUA